AUGGAAGAAAGAGGACAUGAGAUCCUCAAAUUCAUCGACAGUUUUAUACAAGAGCACGAACUCCCGCCUCUUUCUACCGAUGGAGUGAACGGUGGCGUCUCGAUAUUGGGAUGGUCGAUUGGGGCUAGCCAUGCUGCGGCUGCUGUUGCUAGCUCCUGUACACUUUCCGGUGACAUCCGUGCUCGGUUGGGCCCGCACUUACGGUCACUCAUUUUCUACGAAGCCGCACCUAUGAUACUAGGACUACCACCCCCUUCACAAUCAUGGUUACCGCUGACAGACGAGUCUAUCCCUCCCGCGUCAAGACUACGCGCCUUCAGUCAAUGGGCUACCUCAUAUUUCGACCACGGUGAUCUCUCGACCCGCGAUCUCGAAAAACUUUCUUGGGUUGUGGCGUCACCGGAUGCUGUUCCUACAUUCUUCACGUUUGGAUCCGAAACGCUCAAAAGGUUAACGACGUUCGACGAUACUGCUGCUGGUGUGGAUGUCCCGUAUACAUAUUAUUUCACGAAUCAAUUGUCUUGGUGCCACCACAAGGCCUUUUUGGCAAGGAGAUAG